AUGCCUUCGAUCGCAAACAUUCAUAAGCGCCAUGCUUAUGGUAAGGAUGCCCAUACCUACUACCCUGUGCUCAUUGUUGGUGCUGGGGAGUCAGGCGUGGCUAUGGGAUGUCGUUUGAAAGAGGCUCUUGGAACGGAUCAGUUUCGGAUUUUUGAGCGCCAGUCGGGUAUCGGGGGUACAUGGUGGAUUAACCGGUAUCCUGGCGCCGCUUGCGACAUCCCGGCUAUAUUUUACUCUUUUUCUUUUGCGCCGAAAAAGAACUGGUCGACACUUCACCCUUCUGGUCCUGAAAUUGCACAGUAUCUCGCAGAUGUCUGCGAAAAGUAUCAGAUUGUCGAUAAGAUCCAGUUCAACACCGACGUGAAACAUCUUCGGUGGGUCGAAGAGGAUGAGGAAUGGGAAGUCACCUUGUCUCAUCUUGUUCCCGGCACGGGUGAUCUUUCUAGUUAUGACCGGGAGCAGCUUGCCAUCCAGGAAGGCCCGCAUAGUGUGUACACCAAAAUGGAGAUCGUGCGAGCCAAGGUGGUGGUCAGUGGUGUCGGAGGCUUGGUUGAACCCAAAACUUGGCCAAAAGACAUCCCCGGGAUCGAUGAUUUCCAGGGCAAGAUCAUGCACACGGCUCGCUGGAACAGUGAUAUUGAUUUGCAGGACAAAGAUGUCAUCAUCGUGGGCUCGGGCUGCAGUGCCGCCCAGGUGGUCCCUGAGUUAGCUAAGCCAGAGGCUAAUGUUCGCUCCAUCACACAGCUGAUGCGCACUCCUCCGUGGGUUCAACCAGAUUUGCUACCACCUCACUUGCUGGUGCAGUGGGAGAAAUGGACGCCAAUUUUGAUGACCCACAUCCCUGGACUAGCACGAUUCCUGCGCAACACACUAUUUUGUAUGCUUGAAAGGAACUUCUUUGCCAUGUUCACAGAUGGCGCAUAUGGUCGUCGACAACGGCCACGGCUCGAGAAGGCUUUUCUGGAGCAUAUGCGCGUGCUGGCCCCCAAGGAAUACCAUGAGAUGCUUACCCCUAACUACAGCCUCGGUUGCAAGCGGCGUAUCAUCGACGGUACUUGGUACCGCAGCUUGAACUCAUCUAACGUCGAGCUCACCACUCAACCAUUGACUAAAGUAAACGCUAAAAGUGUGACACUGGGUCCGGGCUCGCAUUAUCCUCCCAACCAGAAGGAAGCCUCAGACGAAGUGAGAGAGGUCCCAGCGGAUGUGAUCAUUUUGGGUAAUGGCUUUGAAACUAACCAGUGGCUCCAUCCACUAAAAGUUAUUGGGAAGGGUAAUAAGGAUAUGGAGGAUCUCUGGGCUGAGCGUGGAGGUGCUCAGGCCUACCUGGGCAUCGCAGUGGAUCAAUUUCCGAACUUCUUCAUGCUCUUCGGGCCGAACACUGCCACCGGCCACACGAGCGUCAUAUUCGCGACCGAGAAUGCAGUCAACUAUUCGCUGAACUUCAUCAAGCCCAUAUUGGAGGGCAAGGUCAGCUCGUACGAGAUCAAAGAGGAAGCCGAGCGGGCUUGGACCAAGCAAGUGCAGGACCAACUGCAGAAGACUGUCUUCCGACGUGGGGUGUGCUCCAGUUGGUACAUCACUGCGGAUGGCUGGAACUCGUCGACUUACCCAUUUUCUCAAAUUCAUUACUGGCUGCGGUGCUCAUUCCCAGUCUGGCGUCACUGGAGUGCGAAGCAGACUCGUAAGGGUGUCAUUCUGCAACGGAUCUACAAGGCCAUACAGCUCUCUGUGCUUACUGGUGUUAUUAUUGGAUUUGUUUGGCUUCGGAAGAGCCCGCAGCACCGAAGCCAGAUUCUGCAGACGCUGAUGGCUGGCAAGAACUGGAUUAUGUCGAAAGCAUGA